GCAAGCAAAUUUUCUCACUUGAUUUUUGUCAGUUCAAAAUUACCAACCACUUAAAUUACCUUACUAUAUAAUAUCCUUAACUUUGGCACAAUUAAUCAAUUUAUUGAUCGUCGUAAACCAAAUAUUCUAAUUUUACCAGAUUAAAUUUAAAACAUGAAUACACCAGAAACUAUUCCAUUAAUAUCAUUGAACAUAUCCAAUGGCACUCAAUCUCCAAGGGCACUUCACCAAAGUGGGUGCGGUAAUGAUCUCCUACCGCUACAUAAUACAGACCUGUACAAGGACGAAGCCUUCAAAAAUAAAGUUCAAAAAAUUGUGAACGACACACCGGAUGCAGUUAAUUCGAAGGACGACACAGGCCGGAAUGUUAUCCAUUUCUUGAUAGAAAAUGCGAACGAGUGUGACGACGCUGUCGACAUAUUGUCGUUCUUCAUCCGCAGCAACGUCCCCCUUGAUGAGCCAGUUGGUAAAGACUUCUUAUAUCCAGUCCACCUCGCCAUCCUUUACAACAAGCCAGGUUGCUGAAAUGUUUAAUCGAUACGGAAACUAGCAUCAGGCAAACCGAGCUACACGACGAAAAGGGGGAUACACCACUUCAUUAUGCAGCUGGAUUAUCCGACGACAGAUUUGCUGUCAGCUGUAUAAAUGUCCUGCUCGAAACCGAGGCAGACAUAUCACUUGCAAUCGGACGAAUCAAUAAAGAUGGAUGGACUGCGCUCCAUUACCCUGUACAGACGUGUAACAUGAAAAUCUUUGAGGCGCUUUUGCCCUUUUAUGCUGAGGAACCAGGUGCCCCCAACAAGCGCGUACCCAUACUAAACUUUAUCUGCACACAGGACUGUUCCGACACAGUGCGCCAAGGCAUGCUGAUAAAGAUAAUAGACCGACUUCAUAAGUCCAAAAACAAGUUCGCCUUCAAUCAUUGUUGGAAUGAUUUCACUCCAUUAAAACAAGCUGUAAGAUCCAAGAACGUUUUUGCCGUUGAAACCCUAGUCGCAAAAUCUUACGUCAGGUUAACGGACGAGGACAAGUCGGGCAGGACUCCCAUUUUUUAUGCCGCAAUGGCAGGUUUUUCUUAUGAUGGUGACAAAUGUUUGCGUUCUCUCUUAUCAAGAGGGCCGAACUUAGGGAUACUGAGACCUGGCUAUGACUUAGACGCAAUAUUUGUCAAGAAGGAUAAAUCACAAAAGACAGUGUUUGACUAUGCCAGAGAAAACUGUCAUCCGGAUGCCAUCACAAUGCUAUUUGGGACGCUACACCCUCAUGGAAGCUACUUUAAAGCUAAGAUGCAGGAAAAACGCUCAAGCUUGAAAAAGUAUGCUACAGUUCCAAUAUUCAUGCAUUAUUUGAUGCAGAACUCGUUUUCGUUAAAAGAGGGUGGAACCCGCGGGAACCUUAGUUGGAGACCGAGCUCUGUCACCUGUAACUACGAUCCAGAAAAAUAUAUACAAGAAACUAAGCGAAUCCGUGCCAGAAUGAAUUCUUGGAACAGUGAGCAACAAAAAAUGGUAAUGUUGCAUCCAGCAAUGCAACUGUUCGUGCAUUUAAAAUAUGCCAAACUGAGGUACGUCACGUUCAUUCUUCUAGUGAUUCAGAGUUUAUGGAUUACGUCGUUGUGGUAUUUCGUUUCGUUUGCACAUAAGGCUGAAGAUGCGAAAAGAAAUGCGACCUGGUACUCGUUCUUCCUUGUCUAUAUAGUCUUCUCUACAGGGUACGAAGUACAUGAAAUGUGGCAGCACGGUUUACUACGAUAUUUUACCAAUUUCACGAAUUGGGGACAAUUGCUACGAAAUGGUUUUCUACUUGGGGCGGAUUAUUGCCUACACCAUGGGCUGACUCCACAGGGAAGGUCAUACACUGCGUUGGGAGUUAUUCUAGCUGGUGCCUUAUCAAUGAGAUAUUUCAGAAAUUUGCAUAACGAAAUUGGUCACACACUGGAUAUGUUGAGACAGGUUCUAAUGAAAGUCGCGACAGUAUUUUUUUGCAACAUUGUUUACAUCAUUAGCUUUACGGUAGCCGUGGGGCUAUGGUUUUCGAGCAAUAGCGAAAACAGUAAAUCCCAAAUUGGGACGGCAUUGCGCAACCAGACCAAUAGUAUUGGCGGACGAGACUUACCGGACUUACAAUACAACGACACGUCUGGAGUAUUUCCAUUUCAAGAGAUUAUAAUGAUGAUGACUGGAAGUAUCGAUACAGAGAAAGUAAACGAUGCCCUCCCCUUCGUUGGUCAAGUUGGAUUUCUCAAUUUCCUCAUAUUCAUAAUUCUAAUGGUUGUAUUGAUAUUUGCAAUCUACAACCAACUAACUGGUGUCGCAAUAGCAAAAGUCUCGGAAAUGACAGAGAAAGCAGAAGUGCACCGCGUUAUGUCCAAAAUUGAAUACAUAUUUCUCGUCGAAACAUUGACUUUCAUAAUGUAUCAAUUUCUUUGUAUAAUUUUUCGAUGCGCAAAUAGUAAGACUCGUCUCGCGAGAUAUUUCCGCAGGCUAGACAUUGCCUCCUCAGAUAAAGGGGAGUACUCCGAAUGUAUCGAAAUACGUUCCAAGCUGAAUCCAGUAAACCAUUCUAUGAAAGAUUCUAUGAAAGUUUUUCUGGCAUAUCGGGAAUUUUCCAGAUGUCGGUACAAUUUCGGGAAGUGAUUUCCGGAGAAUGCAUAGACGUGCGGAGAAAGCGGACAUUAUCAGAUCAAAGCAGACAGGACUGUUGAGUGAAGAUCGACGAUUUAGAUUUGUUUAUAUCAGGGUUACGACGAGAGAUGUAAUAUUGAAAUCUAAAAAGAAAACGUGUCACGAGUAUAAAGAGUAAAGUUAACUGUUUUCAUAUUUGGAACAUGUGCUCAUGUAGCAAUUAAAUUUAGGAAUAUUUAUAUCAAAGUCAAAUUUACAGCAUAAUUAAUUAGUGGAGAGAUUCGAGGAGUGGUACUUACAAGUAUAUACCCAUAUCUUUUCAAGCGGUUGUAUAGUUACAUAUGGCCUCGAUGUAUGUAUGUACAUAUUUAUGUAAUAAUUUUUCUGCAACCUUGAUGAAAAGUCAAACCUAAAUGUUGAAAGUAUGGUUUUCUAAAUAUGUAAAAUUGAAGUAUAAAAGAUUUGUCUACGCGCAUACCCAUUUUAAACAUUUUAAACGAAAUAUUAUUUGCAAAAUUAGUUUAAACAUACGUCGAGUAAAUGGUAGACUUAAGUUAUUGAACAAUUAUAUACAUAUUAAGUUUAAACAUUUUAAAUAAAAUUAUUCCAUAUUUUCAUCAACCUGUACAAUUUUGGAGUUAUAAAUAAAUGAAAUUCCCAAAUUAUCUAUGUAUACAUACUACAUACAUACAUAGAGUAACACAUAGGGCAAUACUCAUAAUUAUUCUAGAACUUAAACAUCUAGCAAUUUAUAAUGUAUUUAUGGAGGUUGAUUGUCUUAAAACUUUUUAUUUUGUUGUAAUUAUAAUUAUUUCGCAAUAAUCGUAAAUGGCCAAAUUUAUGUAGGAAUAACUCUAAAA